GUUGUGGACUCGUGGUGCUGGCUGCCGCUGUUGAGGCGGCCGGGAACGGGCGGUGGGGAGCGGGCGGAGCUGGCCUUGCCUCUGCCUGGCCGGCGCCGCAGUCGGCGCGGGCCGCGCCCGCCGCCGUAAACUGCCCUGAGCGCCUGCUGAGGCCGAGGGAGACGUCGGGGCCUGCACCUGGAGGGAGCCUGCCGCGCUGGCCCCGAGGAGGGGGCGUUGCCAUGGCGACAGCCUCUCCCGCCGCUGACGGGGGGCGGGGGCGGCCCUGGGAAGGAGGGCUGGUCUCCUGGCCCCCUGCCCCUCCCCUUACUCUCCCCUGGACUUGGAUGGGCCCGAGUUGGGGGCAACACCCUGGGCAUUGGGGCUUUCCAGCUCUCACAGAACCUUCAGCAUCCCCAGCUGGCAGUCUUGGCAUCUUCGAAGUAAGGAGAGAUGCUUCUGGAUGUUCAAUGCUAGCACCUUUACAGACUGGAGCAGCUCGAUUUUCUUCAUAUUUACUUUCAAGAGCAAGAAAAGUGCUGGGCUCCCACUUAUUUUCUCCCUGUGGUGUUCCGGAGUUCUGCUCCAUAUCCACCAGAAAACUGGCGGCCCACGGCUUUGGCGCAUCCAUGGCGGCAAUGGUGCCCUUCCCUCCCCAGAGGUAUCACUACUUUUUAGUGCUGGACUUUGAGGCCACGUGCGACAAGCCACAGAUUCAUCCUCAGGAAAUCAUCGAGUUCCCCAUCCUGAAGCUAAAUGGUCGGACCAUGGAGAUUGAGUCUACCUUUCACAUGUAUGUCCAGCCCGUAGUCCAUCCACAGCUUACUCCCUUCUGUACAGAGCUCACCGGGAUUAUUCAAGCCAUGGUGGAUGGUCAGCCGAGCCUGCAGCAAGUGCUGGAGAGGGUCGAUGAGUGGAUGGCGAAAGAAGGCCUCUUAGAUCCAAACGUCAAGUCAAUUUUUGUCACCUGUGGAGACUGGGACUUGAAAGUCAUGCUCCCAGGCCAGUGCCAGUACUUGGGCUUGCCAGUGGCGGAUUACUUCAAGCAGUGGAUUAAUCUGAAAAAGGCUUACAGCUUCGCCAUGGGCUGCUGGCCCAAGAAUGGACUUCUAGACAUGAACAAGGGCCUCAGCCUGCAACACAUAGGCCGGCCCCACAGCGGCAUUGAUGACUGCAAGAACAUUGCCAACAUCAUGAAGACUCUUGCAUAUCAAGGCUUCAUUUUCAAGCAGACAUCAAAGCCAUUCUGAUUGGCCGAGGACGGGAUGGGGCAGGACAGGGUAGCUGCUUGGCCCAGCCCAGAACCCUCCUUUCCCUCACCAGAGGGGAAAAGGGAGAGUGGCACAGCUCUACAUCCAGAGUGUCCCCCAGCCUGCCCUGUGGGCUUGUGCCCUGGGUAAGGCCUUGGCCACUCGGCCCCUCUGGAGCAGACACUUUGUGCCCCCCACCCCAACCCCUCAACCUCAGCCCAGUAUUAGCCCCUCCCAUUGUGGGCCUGGGCUAGGGGGACCCAGGCACUCACCGCCUCUUCCCUGGUACACAGGCUUCUGCUGGGGCCACCAAGCCCCCCUGUGCCCCCUCCCAUCUGUAGUGCAUGGUGUGUGGUGCCCCCAGGGCUCCAGGACAGAUCAGGCCCCACCUUGUGUCUACCCCCAUCCCCGCUGUGAACGUGCCACUGAAUAAAGUCGGGGAAACGAGA